AUGGAUCUGUAUCGGCUCGUGGCCGUGGCCGUGCUGCUGGGCACCCUGCGGCCGCUCCUUUCCCACUCCGCCGGCGACGCCAAGAGCCUGUACCCGGUCGUGCUUGUGCCCGGCUACGCGGCGAACCAGCUCGAGGCGCAGCUGACGGUGGCGUACGAGCCGCCGACGCCUGUCUGCGGCGCGCGGAAGGGGAAAGGGUGGUUCCGGCUGUGGCCUAUCAACCACACGGCCAUGGACGACCCGCACCAGGCCACGUGCUUCACUGACCAGAUGAGCGUCGUCUACGACGCCGUCGCCGACGACUACGGCAACGCCGCCGGCGUCGUGACCCGGGUCCCGUUCUUCGCCUCCACGCGCGGCUUAAUUGGGUGGGACCCGCUGGUGCGGCAGCUGGAAGCCGUAGGCUACCGCGACGGCGAGAGCCUGUUCGGCGCGCCGUACGACUUCCGCUACUCCGUCGCGCCGCGCGGCCACCGGUCAGCGGAGGGCGCCCGCUACUUCGCCGCCCUCGCGCGCCUCAUCGAAAUGGCGAGCUCGCUCAACGAGAACCUGCCGGUCGUCCUCGUCCCGCAUAGCUUCGGUUGCGCGCUCGUGUACCAGUUCCUCCUCGGCCGGCCGCUCGCCUGGCGCCGGCGAUACGUCAAGCGCGUCGUCUUCGUCGCUGCCGCGCUCGGCGGCUUCGCGGAGGGGAUGGACAUCCUCGCCGCAGGCAUGGACCUCGGCCUGCCGAACCUCGCGCGGCCGUCCAGGAUCCGCCUGGGGCGGAGCCAGCAGAGCGCGCUCUGGCGCCUGCCCACGCCGAUGGUGUUCGGUGACCGGCCGCUGGUGGUGGCCAACAACGUGACCUACACGGCAUAUAACAUCGUCGGCUUCCUCAAUGCCAUCGGCUUCCCGGAGGGAGUCCGGCCAUACGUGACGCGGGUGCUGCCGAUGUGGGAGGCGCUCCCGGCGCCGAUGGUGCCGGUGACCAGCAUCAUCGGAGUCGGCGUCAGCACGCCGGAGACAUUCGUGUAUGGGGAAGACGGGUUCGUGGGCGCCCCAGAGGUAGUGUACGGGGACGGCGAUGGCGACAUAAACAUGGUGAGCCUGGAGGCAAUCGAGAAGGAGUGGUCUGGGGUGGAGGGCCAGGUUUUGAAGGUGCUCAGGUUGCCCGGUGUUCAUCACAGUGACUUCUUCAGCGUUGGUUUCGCUCUCAAGAAAGUGCUUGAUGAAAUACUCAACGCCGGUAGAACUGCAAAACUCUAUCCGAAGAUUGAAGUGCAGACCAAUAUGCAGGUCCCGGUUGGAGAGAAGAGAUUGAGAGUGCAAGUUCUUUAAUGCUUUGAGCGAUGUUACUUGUGGAAAUUUGUCACCGCUGAAGCUGUGACACCUUAGACAUGAGUUGGCGUCAGGCACAAAGUGUGUGUGUGCGCGCGCACCUGACGGGGGUGGGCCUUGGUGCCUGGCUGUGUCUGCGAGGAGUUGGGGUGGAGUUUAUAACCACCCGAAUGUACUCAAGUCUAACUUGUUGUGACUUUGGAAUAGAAAACCCAAAUUCUCC